CGGCUUCCCCCACCCCGCUAACUCCCUCCCACCCGGUGUCCCCUGCCUUCUCGAGCCGGCCCGCAGGGCAGCUCGGUUGUUUCGCCACAACUUGCGGGGUGCAUUCCUCCCCCACGCCCCGGGCGCCAUGGAAACCGCCCGGUUAACUCCCACCCCUCCGCACAGCCUCUGAAAUUCAUUCGUCCCCCUCCCAGUGAACCCCCGCAAGAAGAUCCCCUGCGCUCUUCCGAGGUCUGGGAGGUCAGGAAUCCAGAAACAGCUUGGCUGAGUGGCUCUGGAUGAGGGCUUCUCAAGCACGGUCGGCUAUUGGCUGGAGCUGUCUCAUCUGAAGGCUGGACUGGAAGAUCCGCGUCCAAGAUGGCGCACUCACACGGCUGUUGGCAAGAGGCCUGGGUUCCUCCUCGCAUGCAUCUCUCCACAGGGCUGCCUGAGUGUCCCCACGACAUGACAGCAGGCUUCCCCCUGCAUAAGUAAUAGAAGAGAGGGAGAGAUCCUCUUUGGAGAAACGUCUAUUCAAAACCUUAACCCAUUUGAAAAAUCCACCGUGUCUUCAGGGGCCAGCAUGAGCACCUGCCAGAGCCUGAUGGAGCAGCUCAGGCUGGAGGUUGGGGUGGAGAGGAUCAUGGUCUCUCCAGGGGCCUCAGAGCCUCAUCACUACAGGGUGCAGAAUGGCUGCCAGAAUGCUCUGCUGGUCUGUGUUCCAGUUAGAAGCGACCCCUGCCAGGAGCCCAGAUCCUGAGCCUUACUCUGAAGAGUGCAGGGCAGCAGUUGGUGGAGGAGGCCCUUCAGACACAAUGUGAUGAAUGAUGCCUUUAAGUCUCAAGAAAACCUUUUUCUCCAGCCAAAUAACUGAGAUAUUUCAGACCUUCCCUGUGGCUGGUCCUGCAGCCAAAAUUCUACAGAAAUUUGUGAUUUUCCGCUCAAAUAAGGAAACUGACUGAAGGAGUGGAGUUUUAGAUAAUAAUGGCUCAAUUCUUGGUAAAGUGCUUUAUAUGAAGAUAAGCAAAAAAAACUUACCAUUCACCAGGUGGUGAACUGAAAUAUUUUAUUGUUCUUUAUACAAAUUCAAUUUUAAUAUAUUAAAAUUCAUGACUUAAACCUAGAGUAUCAUGUAUGUUUUAUUUGUUGGAUGCUUACAUUUUAGGAAAGAAAACAUUUUCAUUUAUUUAAAAAAUGAAUAUUUGUAAUUUCUGGUUUCUAAGAUUUUUAUACUACAAUAAAAUUUGUUCUUUUAUCCUGAAUUUGCAAUUACUAAGUAAAGAUAAGAAAGUAUAAAAUUGGAGGGAAGAAAGAAUAGGCAUUACUAAUUCAAUGAUGACUUAAUUUUUCUAAAGGAAGAAAGUUGUUUUAUUCGUAACACUAAACAUGGGAGAUGUUUCUUAGCAAACUAGUUUGGAAAGGUUAUUGGUAUGAUGUAUAUUAGGUUCUCCCAUCUUGUGUAUUGUUAUGGUUUAGAUAUGAGGUGUCUCCCAAAAGCUCAUAUGUGAGUCAACGCAAGAAAGUUUAGAGAAGAUACAAUUGGAUUAUGAAUCUUAACCUAAUCAAUGCAUUAAUCCCCUGAUAGAGAUUAACUGGGUGGUAGGAAGUUAGGGUGUGGAUGGAGGAGGUGGGUCAUUGGGCGCAUGCCUUUGGGGCACAUAUGUGGUCUAUGGUGAGGGAGUCUCAGUCUCUCUCUCUUUCUUUCUCUCUCUCAUUCUCCCCCCCACACACGCACACACCUUCCUGGUGCAAUUUUCUGAGCUGCUUUGCUCUGUCACACCCUUCUGCCAUGAUGUUCUGCCUCACCUCAGGCCCUGAGGAUUGGAAUCUGCCAUCUAUGCCCUGAGACCUCUGAAAUCCUAGUGGCAAAUAAACUUUUACUCCUCUAAAGUUGUUCUUGUCAGGUCUUGUGGUCAUAGCAGUGAAAAAACUGACUAAAACACAUAUGAAACUGAUAAAAUCUCUUUUUAAGUUCCUUUACCUUAUAGUAGUGGUUGCAGUUUUUUAAAAAUACUACAUUGUUUCAUGUCUUUUAAAAAAUGUUUAAAAUAUGGCCCACAUAUAAACAUUGCAAAUGGCUAAGAACAAAGAAACAUGAAAAUAUUACAACUUUAAAGAAUUCUUCAUUCACAGUGUUUUACUUUGAUGAUGUGCCUUUGAUUUAAUUCGGGACAUUUUUAGAAGGAUACUUUGUGUUUGUAAUAAUUUUUGAGGAGCUUGGAAAUAAAUUCUGCUUAAUUCAUCAUUUUCUAUGAUGGCAAGAAAAAAUGGGUUGGUUUCUUAUUGUUGAGUUGUGACAGCUUAUAAUAUACUCUAGAUAACUAGAUCUUCAUUAGAUAUAUGAUUUGCAAGUAUUUUCUGGGGGUUGUCUUUUACUUUCUUGACAGUGUUUUUUGAAAUGCAAAACAAAUUUUUGUAAUUUUGAUGAAAUUCAAGUCAUCUAUUUUAGUUCUUUGUGCUUUUGGUGUCAUAUCUAAGGAAUCAUUGCCACACUCAAAAUCACAGGACCCACAUUUCAGCUAAGAGUUUUGUAGUUUUAGGUCUUACAUUUAAAUCUUUGAUGUAUUUUGAGUUAGUUUUUGUAUGGUAUGAGGUAGGGAUCCAAAUUCAUUCUGUUGUCUUGUAUAUCCAUUUGUCCCACCACAAUUUGUUGAAGAGGUUAUUCUUUCCCCAUUUAAUGGUUAGGACACGCUUGUCAAAAAUGAAUUGACCAGAAAUGUGAGAGUUUAUUUCUGGAAUUUAAAACUUCUUCUAUUGAUAUAUGUUUAUCAUUAUUCCGGU